AUGGCGCGUGCCGCAGUGAUUCCCCCAUCCCCCGCCAACCGAGCAGGACGAACCUCCACCAAGUCAACAGCUGCAGCCGACGCAAAGAAGACUAUCCGAAAGGCUACAUUGGCCACACGAACCGCCACCACGCCAACGAACUUCGAUUCAGAUGAUACAGAGGAUGAACUGGGUUUCAUUGCCGCUAAACCGGCGAAACCUCGGGGACGCCCCCCUGGCCGCCCAGCGGCCAAAUCCAAGGCGGCGCCACGCAGCAAGAAGGCAACGUCAGAGCCCAUCACUCAAGAGCCAACUGCCGACAAAGCAGACGACGAUGAGACGGGGCGACAAAUUGAGGUACCCAAGAAACGACCCGGCAGACCGAGAAAGAAUCAGCCUGUGACAGAAGCCCCUGCCGUGAAGCCAGAAACUGCGCCUAAACCCAGGGGUCGACCUAGAGCCGGAACAACAUCCAAGGCCUCGGCGACCCGUGAGACGGCAGCAUCGAGCAGGAGGACACGAGGCACAACUGAAGAUACCGAUGAGAAAAAGCCGAAUCAGAUCAAGAUUGCGACAAACUCUACUACUAUGCGUUCAAAUUUGCUUCGUGGACCCGCCAAGAAGAAGACGGUCAGUUUUCAAGAUAUGUCUGAAUCCGAAGCGGAAGAGACAAGUGCCCCUACGCCUCCUGCGGCUGAUCGCAAAAAGGUGGCCACCAAGGGCAUGGGCACCGAGAAGAGCGGCCUUAGGGCUACCCCAGUCCGUAAGCCUGCGACAACUGCUACACGUGGACGGAAGCCGGCUGGACCCAAGAAAGCCGCAACUAAACCACUGUCUCCCAAGAAGACAAAACAGAUGGCCAAUACCCUGUCAGCAUACACAAGCUCCGAUGGAGAGGAGGAUGAGUUGAACACGCUCAAAGAUAACAUCAAGAGUCCAGUCAAACUGGUUGUGCAUUCACCUGUCAAGCAUGGGCUGGAAACGACCGGACUUAGCUCCCCUGUACGGAGAAUCAAUUUCACCCCCAAGAAGGCUUCCAGCCUUGUUGAUGAAAACGGCGAACCGAAAUUACCGACACCCAAACACGCAUCAGAAGGCACCGGCCUCAGCUCUCCAGUCAGGAAAAUCAACUUUACGCCAAAUCGCAACCAGAACAAAGUUGCUGACAAUGGCCAUCUCGCCCUUCCGGCCGGUAAGGCCGUCGAUUUCAGUGAUUCAAUAUUCAUGUCUAGCCCCGCUAGACGACCACCACCAACAUCGUCCCCAUUCAAAUUCUCCCUGCGAGAUACUCAGAAAGGGGACUCCCUUUUCCGGGACCUAGCAAACCCAACUGGGGCACCCGAAUUCACCCCAGGCCAUACUUCUCCCCUCAAAAGCUCACCAAAGAAAGGCCAUUUGGGUGCUUCUUUCUCGCAAUCGUCGUUCAAGGCCUCCACCCCAGCAGUUCCAGCUAGAACCCCCUUGGUCCAGAGCCCAGCAAAGAGAAUGGCUUCUCCAUUGAAGAGCUCGAUAUUCUCUACUCGUGCCUCAGUGAUCAAGUCACCCGCUACCCCCGAGAAAGGUACCCCUUCCAAGCCGCUGGAACUCGAGCGAACCACCCCUAAAUAUUCGCCGAGGGCCGAAGAGCAGGAUCAGACUGCUGUUGACAAGGAUUCUGAAAUGGUUGAAGACGUGGCCCGGGAUAUCUUUGGUAUUGAGCUGUCUUUCGAGAAAACUCCUUCAGAAUCCCCUCUCCAAGCAGACAAGCUAGGAUCUAAGCAAGCCGAAGAGACAGAUCAAGAUGAGGUUGACCAUGUUUCUACCGAGAUGGUGAUUGAAGAACCCUCAGGCUCUGAAGAGACCGAGCACCCCCAAGAGCAGGUCAAUUAUGAGUUCGAAGAACCCGAAACGAUUUGCUUCGACGCUCUGGAGGAGGCGGAACUGGCAGCCAGGGACUUGUAUGAUCAAGACAUUGAGCAAGACUCGGGCUCUGAACAGGAUGAGGACCUUCAAGCGCAGGUUCCUUUUGAGUACGAAGAGGCAGACACCGUUUGCUUUGAUGCUAUGGAAGAUGCAGAAAUGGACACGUAUGACUUCCACAAUGAAGAAAUGCAGGUUUCAGAUAUUGCCCUGGAGGAUGAGAGGUAUCUGGACGAAGAGGAAUCAGCGCCAGAAUAUCAGACGGACGAAGAAGAGAACCAAGACCUCGUUGGCCCCGGAUCUCCAGACUCGGCUUCAGAAUCAGUGCAAACCCAAAGAAGAAGAGUAGAAAAGUUCUCCGAUGAAGCUGCUUCACCUUCUAAGCCAAUGUUGGAUUUGGCGCACACCGAGGAGUCUGACACUCUCGACGUACAAGAGGAAGAGGAUGCGUAUAGUAUCGUCUACAAUUCCGAAGAAGAGGAACAAUCUACUGGCCAGGAGCCUCAGGCUGGGAAUACUGAAUACUCCCCUAUCCGACCUUUUACACUCGAAACGGUCACCCCUGAGCCCGCAUCACCCUCUGAUGUCAGCGAAGGCAACAACAUUGGAAGUCCCCUUCAAAGGAUGUAUGCGACGCCUUCACCAGGGUCGAUGUCCACUGUCGGUUCAUUUACUCCUCCGACUGCGGAUCGCCCGGACAACAUAGGGAACGAUACUCCCACUCCUCGCGCCGAGAAUGCCAACGCUGCCAUGUUCUUGGGCGAGAUAAGUGGGCCAUCUCCAAGCAUCCGGGCUGACAGCCCUACGCUAAUGGCGCCCAGUCUCUUCAAUACACCGAGUGUUGUUGAUCAACACCAAUCACCCUUCGACGCUGGCGUGGGCUUCACACCCCUGGCACAGAAGUUCGACCGCUGGGAGACUAAUACCCCCUCUCAAACGAGGUCCCUCCGCCCUCGCCGCCGGGGAGUCUUCUCCCUAGUAGGACCCUUGGACCGCACCAACACGGAAACUCCAGUGCAGUCCGGUGCUGUCUCGUACCCUGAUCUGUCGAAGAGCCCUUUGGCAACCCCGUCUCUGUUUGUCGAGAUGCCUCUCCAGCCCCAAAGUGAGGGUAUCUAUGUAAGCCCUGAGCAAGAUCAGACUCCGCGGCCAUCAGCAAUUUAUGAAGACAAUGAAUUGAUCCAAUCCCCGAGCAAAGGCAUGGAGAUAUUUGAAGAUCCUGACAUGGACAUAUUGGAAGUCGAUGAUCAGGAACGGACUCCACUGAAAGAGCAUAUGCCUGCUGUGGAACCCCAGUUCCAGGAGCAAGAACACCCUGAAGAGGACAAGGAGAACUGCGAUUCUAACAUUCUGCCUGCCACCCCAAUGAAGGUCCAGCCAGAAGAAAUGCGCACUGUCCACACAGUGUCCAAGGUGCCUUUGAAAGCUGAAGGAGAGGUAUCACCUUUUAAACUGCCCCGGAAGAGAGGCUUGUCACUGUCAAACAUGUCUCCCACUCGUUCCUCCCCUCGAGCUCGGAAGCCAACCUUCAUGCCCCCGGAAGAGAAUGUACCAAUUCUAUUUCCUACUCGCAGGCAUUCAAGGGCCAACAGAAGUCCUUCACCAAAACGCCGCUCCAGUACUUCUCGACGCAGCAGUGGGAAACCAGCAGUCAUUGCUUCGUCAAGUGAACAUGUUGCAACCCAAAGCCCUGCUAAGAAGGCCCGUCGAAGCAUGAGCGCUAGUCAGCAAGCUCUGCAUGGCGCAGUUGUGCAUGUGGAUGUCCACACUACCGAGGGCGAGGAUGCAUCUGGUAUCUUUGUGGAGCUCUUGCAGCAGAUGGGAGCCCGGUGUGUGAAGUCUUGGUCUUGGAACCCGAUUUCCAGUCUUUCCCCCGUUGAUAGCGCAGAGCCGAAGGACUCGAAGGUUGGGAUCACCCAUGUGGUAUAUAAGGAUGGUGGCCUGCGGACUUUGGAGAAAGUGAAGAAGGCAUCAGGCCUCGUAAAGUGUGUUGGAGUUGGCUGGGUUCUUGAUUGUGAACGCGAAAACCAGUGGCUCGAUGAGACACCCUACGCAGUUGACAGCUCCAUUAUCCCGCGUGGAGGCGCUAAGCGUCGUAAGAGCAUGGAGCCCCGUGCCUUGAGCAACGUCAACGGUACACUCGUGCGCAUCUCCGAGUCUCCCGCACCAUCUGCCAGUGGACGUCGCAGCGGUGCUGACCAGGGCGCCGUCGAUGGUUUCCGCAAGAUCACUCCCCCGACCCACCAGCAAGAUGCCCCGUCAACCCCCACACGGCAAUCUUCGACUGAUAACUACCAAUUCCCCGCUACUCCAGGCUACAACUUUGCCAAUCUCGAUGCCAUUGGCAUGUCCCCCGCUACUCCAUAUUUCCUCUCCAACCGUUCCAAACUCGUCCAGCAAUCUUGCCCUCCAAAGCAGAGUAACCGCGGCUUGUUCCCUGGCGCCAAGGCGUCCAACAUCCUGGAAGACGAGGAAGAUGAUGAUCCCAGACGCAAGCAACGUUUCCGCAUGGAAGCUGCUCGUCGCAAGAGUCUUGUUCACAAACCUACUGUCGCUAGCCCGCUUCGUCGGUGA